CGCCCCGCCCGAGCCCCGGCGGGAGCGCGGCGCGGCGGGGCCCUACGCCGAGCUGUAUGAAAACCCCUGGACCAUCCCAAAUAUCCUGUCCAUGGCGAGAAUGGGUCUGGCGCCAGUUUUGGGCUAUUUGAUUGUUGAAGAGAAUUUCAACGUUGCCCUCGGUGUGUUUGUCCUGGCUGGCGUGACAGACCUGUUGGACGGAUUUAUUGCACGGAACUGGGCUAAUCAGAAAUCAGCACUGGGAAGUGCUCUCGAUCCCCUGGCAGAUAAAAUCCUCAUCAGUGUGCUCUAUGUGAGCCUAACUUGUGCAAAUCUUAUCCCAGUUCCCCUGACUUCCAUGAUCAUCCUGCGGGAUGCGGCGCUCAUUGCCGCCGUCUUUUAUGUGCGAUACAAAACUCUUUCUCCGCCGAGAACACUGAGUAGGUAUUUUAACCCCUGUUAUGCUACUGCACAAUUAAAACCAACAUUCGUCAGCAAGAUGAACACAGCAGUUCAGCUGAUUUUGGUGGCGGCUUCUUUAGCAGCACCUGUUUUCAAUUAUGUGGACAGCAUAUAUCUGCAGACAUUAUGGUGCAUCACAGCUUUCUCAACGGUGACAUCUGCCUACAGCUAUUACCACUAUGGCAGGAAAACUGUCCAGGUGAUCAAGAACAAGUGAAGUGGUCCAGGUCAUCAAAGGUGAAGUGUUCCUGGAAAGGCAGGAAGCCCCCAGAGGUGGUGGUAUUGCAGCUGAGUUUUGGAUCAAAGCACUCUUUGUUUUUCUGCUUAAACCAUGGCAUCACAAUGAAGUGAAAUUUGAACAUGUACUAUGUAUAUAUGUAGAGACAGACUUUUUGAUGUAUUUUUAAUUUCUUGAAAAAUGAGGUUGUUUACAAAAACAAAUAAAUAAUUCGUAAAAACACAG